GGCUGGGGGAAGAAAGUUAGGGCGGAGGUGGGGCUGCGAAGGAGGAAGAGGGAGAGCUGGGCGGCGGCGGCGGCUGUAGGUUGCACGACGGUGGCGGCAGUCCCCAAGGCCGACGAUGGACAGCCAGGGCAGGAAGGUGGUGGUGUGCGACAACGGCACCGGGUUUGUGAAGUGUGGAUAUGCAGGCUCUAAUUUUCCAGAACACAUCUUCCCAGCUUUGGUUGGAAGACCUAUUAUCAGAUCAACCACCAAAGUGGGAAACAUUGAAAUCAAGAAUAACAAAAAGAUGGAUCUAAUGGUUGGUGAUGAGGCAAGUGAAUUACGCUCAAUGUUAGAAGUUAACUACCCUAUGGAAAAUGGCAUAGUACGGAAUUGGGAUGACAUGAAACAUCUGUGGGACUAUACAUUUGGACCAGAGAAACUUAACAUAGAUACCAGAAACUGUAAAAUCUUACUUACAGAACCUCCUAUGAAUCCAACCAAAAACAGAGAGAAGAUUGUAGAGGUAAUGUUCGAAACGUACCAGUUUUCUGGAGUGUAUGUAGCCAUCCAGGCAGUUCUGACUUUGUAUGCUCAAGGUUUACUUACUGGUGUGGUGGUGGACUCUGGAGAUGGUGUGACUCACAUUUGCCCCGUGUAUGAAGGGUUUUCUCUGCCUCACCUCACCAGGAGACUGGAUAUUGCUGGGAGAGAUAUUACCAGAUACCUUAUUAAGUUGCUUUUGUUGCGAGGAUAUGCCUUCAACCACUCUGCUGAUUUUGAAACAGUUCGCAUGAUUAAAGAAAAACUGUGUUAUGUUGGAUAUAAUAUUGAGCAAGAACAGAAACUGGCCUUAGAAACCACAGUAUUAGUUGAAUCUUACACACUCCCAGAUGGACGCAUUAUCAAAGUUGGGGGAGAGAGAUUUGAAGCCCCAGAAGCUUUAUUUCAGCCUCAUUUGAUCAAUGUUGAAGGCGUUGGUGUUGCUGAAUUGCUUUUUAACACAAUUCAGGCAGCUGACAUUGAUACCAGAUCUGAAUUCUAUAAACACAUCGUGCUUUCUGGAGGGUCUACUAUGUACCCUGGCCUGCCAUCACGAUUGGAAAGAGAACUGAAACAACUUUACUUGGAACGAGUUUUAAAGGGAGAUGUGGAAAAGCUUUCUAAAUUCAAGAUCCGCAUUGAAGACCCACCUCGCAGAAAGCACAUGGUGUUCUUGGGUGGUGCAGUUCUAGCAGAUAUCAUGAAAGACAAAGACAACUUUUGGAUGACCCGACAAGAGUAUCAAGAAAAGGGUGUUCGUGUGCUAGAGAAACUCGGUGUGACUGUGCGAUAAACUCUCCAGCUUGUUCCCAUCACACCCCUAAUGCUUUCUUUUUUUUCCUUGAUUGCCAAUCUUUGAAUUCAUUUAACUCCUGGACAUGGAAGAGGCUUCUCUGCCCUUUAACAAGAAAGGUCAAGUUUUAUUCUGGUGUCUUGGGAAAGCUUUGUUAAAUUUUUGUUAAUGUGGGUACAAACACAACGAAAGGGCAAAGGUUCUGUCUUUCUCUUUUUUUCUUCUAGAUAGGCAUUUAGAUCUCCUGUAGGCUUCCUGUUUUCCCUUUACUGCUCUAAUGCUGCUUGUUUUAGUCUUUAGCACACUAGGUGGUCUGCAUUUAUUAGCA